UGUUAGGGUUCCGGCAAUGUGCAGCUUGCAGCGAAGAAAUGGAAGAGAAAGGGCACAAAAACCUGAACUUGAAGUUGAAAGUUGCUUGCAUAGCAGCGUGUGCAGAACUCUCCUCUUCAAUGACUUCAUUCAAUGUUUCAGUCAAGCACGCGCUCUUUACUAUAUUCCCUCUUUGAGCUGUCCGUGAGUGGCAUGACUCCCAGCCCCCAAAGCACAGUUCUCACUAAUACCGGGGAAGUGGAAAGAGGGUGCAGGCGCUGAGAAUCAGAAUACAGGUUUUGGAGACACACUUUUCCAAUGGUCAUGCUGCCCCAUAUUGUUGCAAUAGCGAUACUUCAAGUUACUAAGGAGGGAGGCCGCAGGAGGUGGUGGCAACCUGAAGGCGAUGGCCCUUGACGAGAAGGGCCAGCGGCUGAAGCAUGCAAAACUUGAGACAGAGCUCCGUUAUCUGGAAGACCUCUACACCUUUGCUGUCAAGGAGCAAUUGCUCCCAGCUCCGUCCACCGGUCUGAGAGCCAGCCGGAAUUCAGUGCACCCAAAACCGGACCGCCAACCAGUCGGCAAAAGCGGUGCCGACACUUUCCCCUGUGCGCUGCAUGCUGGUCUUCCAUGGAUACGGAUAGAGGACCAGCGGGGAAUCUAUUUCCGGGAAUACGAAGUGGUCGACCAAGGACAAGGGUACUACCGGCUUCCGAUGUCAAAAUUCCGUGCUGAUCCAUUACCGGUGCGUUCCAAGCAGAGGUGGUUGUGAGCCUUUCGUAUGAGGAGGAGUCCGAUCGGGUUCCAGGAACUUGAGUUGGUAAAAAGCAGGCACCAGAGAUUCAUUUACAGCGCGCCAGGGCAUGUGGUGCCUGCCGCCGGAGCAAUCCUGAGGCUCCCAGACAGCAUGAUAGAGUAGAAGCUACUGAAAUGCGUGCGAUAUGUGGCGUUUGCUUUAGUUGAUUCCUCGACGCUGAUGAAUUCGAAACGACUCACCGAUCACUUGAAAAUCGGGCCCAGAAUGCGGGCUUACUGCGCC